UUGCGGACCAGAAUCAGGCUGUUGAAGCCACUUCUCCUGAGAUGUCGGCGGUGCAGGGCCGCGGGCGGCGAACUUCGAUGUCCAAGCGCCGGUUCGAGACCGACGAGGAGUACGAAGAGGAGCAGCUGCUGUUCGACCUGGAGUCGGAACUCCAGCAAGUACAGGCUCUGAAGGCACAGACGCAGCAACGAUUGAGUCAGCUCCUCCAGGACCAGAAGCACCUCGAGCAGCAGCAGCGGCGUCUACAGCGCCAAACCGACCGGCGCGAUGCCGGAGCUGCUACCGCGCGCAUGCUGCAGUUGCAGGAGCAAGAAAGAGUAAGACUUGCGACGAUGGAGGCGAAGCGCGAGCAUGAGGAGAAGGAAGCCAAAGCCAGGGCCGAGAAGGCGCAGCGCCGACGAGAAAACGCGAUUGAGACGCGCGAUGGCGACUUGGACGACCUCGAUGCGUUCCUUGCGCAGGACGCUGCCCAAUUUUGAGGGCGGCGUACGUAUGCUAGUUUAGAAUAUUUAUUGCUGGAUAGAAAUCAGUGCUGCUUGGCAAAAGUAACUGUUGCCCUUGCAAACAUGUAUUGUGCGCCACCGAUACUGGAGACCAUGGGAGUUGCGGAACAGACCAUCUGUCUGAUAAAGCGAUCUCUCUCCUCCGCUGGUCGACAUACGUCAA